CUUCUUCAACUCUCUGCAAUGGCGCAAUCGCACAACGAAGCACUGGCACGUAUCCGGCAGUACGCUGAAGCGACUCGUGGUGGGUAUGGUGAUUCCAUGGAUUUCACCACUUCCUCUAGCGAAGCGCGUUUGGAGCGUACCAUCAAAGACCUGCAGGCACGCGUACAACAACAAGAGGCUGCUCUGGCUAAGUUACGCGCAGCAUCGGACAUUGAUAUUGAACAAGCAGCUUACGCAUCGGAGGAUCCACGCGAAAAGCUCAAGCAACUAUUAGUCGUCAAAGAUGCGUACACUCGAUUGAUACCAACGGUUCCUGAACUCCCGGGCAAGGGCUCAGCAGUGCCAGCGCUUUUAGCUACGCGGAAUCUUCAGCAACGCAUUCAAGAGAGUAAGAUGGCUAUCUCGAGUACUGUGGACCAGAUUGCGAAAAGAGAAGGUGCAUUAAGACGCGAAGAAGCGAGUCUCCAUGAUGCGAAGCUUCUCACCCGAGCUCUCGAAGAUGGAAUCGUUAGACUACGAGCACAGUACGAUGAUCGAUCUCAGAAAACGCCUGCAGCAGUAGUGGAGGAACUGGUGGCUUCAAAGCGCGCAAAAACGGAGUCCUACGAUAAGGAGAUGCAGAGGCUGGGGCAGGCUAUGAACGACUUCAUUAACGACUACGUAUCCGCUAUGAUCGCGGCUGAGGAGCUAGGCGGGCCAGUUGUGGGAGACAUGUUUGAUGUAGAGAAUGAAACUCUUGCUGCUGGAUUUACAAAGAAGGGCAAAGCAAAGUCCGGGAAGAAGGUCGUCUCGGAUAAGCUACGACAACGAAGGAUCGAUCAGAUAUGGGGCACCAAAGUGAUUGAGGAAGACGGCGGCGACGACGACGAACCGAUGACGGAGGCUGAAGCUGCUGACCAGGAAAUGCGGCAGCUCAUCGAGGAUCUGUUUGCCACAAUGUCUGGCCCAGGGGGUGGAAAGGGAUACUUGGAAUUGAAGAGGGAUUCGGCAGCCUCACGGUUCCUGAUCAGAGCAAAGAUUGCACAGUUCCACCCAAAGGACGCAAAGAAGAUACGACUGAUAGACUUUGGGAAAGAACUAGACGAUUGA